GCUUCCGCUAACAACGGCUGCACGAACAGCUGAAAAAGGCGUUUAGAUGUGGCGCAAUGACGAGGAAAGGUCUUUGAAGUGGAUGGAAUAAGCUCAUAGGCUGCUGACCGAGACAGGCAUGUCGUCUUCGACGGAGGCAACCCGCUAAGCGCAAGCGCGUCAUUGAAAAUCCGCGUCAUCCUCAAGCUCCCGGACCCCGUUCAGCAGUGCCACAAAGCUUAUAAGAGUCAUGCGUUGGGUGCCCCUCGAAGCGAAUCCAGAUGUCAUGAAUGCCUGGUGCGCCAAGCUCGGCCUCGACACCAGCAGAGCCAGCUUCUGUGACAUCUAUGGCCUCGAUCCAGAUCUUCUAGCUAUGGUGCCCCAGCCUGUCUAUGCUGUCCUCUUGCUCUUCCCGGUGACAGAUGCCUACGAGAAGCACAGAGAGGAAGAGCGUGUUGCCACCAAACAUCAAGAUGAGGCAGUCAGCCAUGCGAUAUACUUUAAGCAGACUAUUGGCAACGCUUGCGGCACCAUGGGCUUGCUACACGGGCUAGCCAAUUCCGAUGCUCCUAUAGGAUCAGACACGCCACUGCGACGUCUGUUCGAACGAUGCACAGACGCUACGCCCCUAGAGCGCGCAAAGCUACUAGAGCACGAUAGCGAGCUCGAAGCUGCGCACAGCGAGACUGCACAGACAGGCCAGACGGCCGCGCCCGAUGCGGAUGCAAAGGUAGAUCUUCAUUUCGUCGCGUUUGUCGCCGUCAGAGGCCGGCUGCUCGAGCUGGAUGGCCGCAAAGAUUCACCGAUCGAUCACGGCCCGGUCAGCUCGCUACUGACCGAUACAGCCAAAGUCAUCACAGACAAAUUCUUGCGAUUCGCGGGCGAUUCGUUGCAGUUCAGUUUGAUGGCACUUGCAGGCACAAACGACGAGUGA